AUGUCCGAAGAACAGGAGAUUCCAGAGGAGCAGCAGGCCCAGGUGGUCUCUGAGCACCUCCCAUCGGGAUACACGGCCGAAUUCACUGGCAACAAUGGCUCUGGAGUGGAAGACUCUCUCAAUCUGCAAGGAGGAGACAUUCACAGAGACAUCUUCAAGCUUAAUGCACAACCUCGUCAGACAUUGCACCAAAGAGCAGCGACAUUUUCUGCUCCUCGCGCCCGCAGGGAAAGCUGGGAUUCGGAAUUGACAGCAUCUCAAGCACGAGCUCCUGGCGCUUUCCGCCGCCAAUACAUGCAAAGGAACAACACUUUCAAUACCGCCACUAUGCCCGUUACCAGGAACUUUGUCGAAUUCUUGAACCUCUAUGGUAGCUUCGCUGGUGAAGAUCUUAACGAGUCUGAUGACGAAGCAAUUGAUGAUGAUGAAGACGACGACGAGCAGGCUCCUGCAACUGAAAGUAGACCUCUUCUCGGCCGUCGCAAGUCAUCCCGAGCAGCUCCCAAGGGUGAUGCCGGUAUGGUCAAGUCUUUCUUCACACUUCUCAAGGCCUUCAUCGGUACCGGUAUCAUGUUCCUUCCCAAGGCAUUCAGCAAUGGCGGUAUCUUGUUCUCGUCUCUGACCAUGGUCUCGAUCUCGAUUGUCUCUAUGCUGGCAUUCCACCUGCUGCUCAAGUGCCGCAACCAGUACGGUGGUGGUUAUGGUGAUCUGGGCAAGGCCAUCGCUGGAGAUAAGAUGAGGUCUCUUAUUCUUGCUUCCGUCACUAUUUCGCAGAUUGGUUUCGUCUGCGCGGGUGUUGUCUUUGUGGCUGAGAACCUCCACUCAUUCCUCGAGGCUGUUGUCAAAGGCAGUAUGCCUGUGUCAGUUCGUGCCUUGAUCGCAAUCCAGCUUGUCGUUCUGGUUCCCCUGUCCUUCAUCCGUAACAUCUCGAAGCUCGGUCCCGUCGCCUUGUUGGCCGAUGUUUUCAUUCUUAUCGGUCUGGGCUACAUCUACUACUUCGACAUCGCCACUCUCGCUACGGACGGCAUCGCCCCGACUGUCAAGUUGUUCAACCCUAACUCGUUCACCUUGACCAUUGGAUCAGCCAUCUUCACUUUCGAGGGCAUUGGACUCAUUCUGCCUAUUCAGUCUUCCAUGAAGAAGCCUCAGAACUUCGAGUGGCUCUUGGCUGUGAUCAUGCUCCUCAUCACGGUCAUCUUCACGUCAGUCGGCGCCCUGUGUUACGCCACUUUCGGAGACGACACACAGAUUGAAAUCAUCACGAACUUCCCCCAGGACAGCAAGCUCGUCAACGCCGUUCAGUUCUUGUACUCCAUGGCUGUACUCUUCGGCAACCCAGUUCAGCUCUUCCCCGCCAUGCGUAUCAUGGAAGGAAAGCUGUUUGGUCAUUUGUCUGGCAAGAAGGACCAGCUCACCAAGUGGAAGAAGAACGCUUUCCGUACCUUCUUGACUGGAGUCUGCAUUGCUAUCGCCAUCGCAGGUGCUGGCAACUUGGACAGAUUCGUUGCUUUGAUUGGCUCCUUUGCAUGCGUACCAUUGGUGUAUAUCUACCCUCCUUUGUUGCACUACAAGGGUUGCGCCGAGUCGCGUCUCGCAAAGGCUGGCGAUAUCGUUUUCAUGGUUCUCGGUAUCGGUAUGAUGAUUUACACUACUGGUGUCACGCUCGUCAACAGUUUCUAG